AUGUCUAGGAAACGGAUAUUAGAUGCAGUAGCUCUACUACGGGCUGGACGCAAAGUCGCGUAUAAUCAUUUUCAGAUCCGAUUAUCCCAAGCAGAGGUUUACGCCAAGACGUCUUCCUUGACCAAAGGUCUUAGACAGAGAUACCCUCUGACAGCAAGCAUACUAUCUCAGCAGAUACGGCAAGCAACGUCUGGACAUCGGAGUCAUAAUAUACCACAAGCAGACAAGCAGGCAGGUUCGCAAGGUAGCUCGGGUCAAGAGCAGGGAAUUCAGCAAGACCACCAUUAUGAGAGAUCCGAGGACAACAGUGUGGCGACAGAGGCUUCACAGCAGCAGAUAGAACCUGCGCAGGCUGAAGCCCAGCGGCGUCCUCUUCCAGAUGGCACCAUUCCUCCUCUAAACAGUGCCAUUGGUCAGGAAGCAGGAGACGCGGAAAGCGAGCCCGGACGGCCCAUAAUUGAGACCUCACAAGCACCGCUGGAACAACAAAGUGAACAGAAUGCUCUUAGUGUCAAGUCCUCAGGUCAAUCGAGCAUACCUAAUCCUCAGACCUCACCUUUAUCCUCAAAAGAAGCUAGAAUAGCACAACGGCAGUCCGAAUCACAGAUUCCAGCUGCAAGCGCAGACCCACCAAGUGACGAACCUGAGUUCUCCAUAGAGCAAGAGAAGGACGUAUACUACCAACCGCCCGAUCAAGCGACUCCUGUCCUUUCUUCACUUCCUCGAGUCAAAGUGCCUAAAACAGAAAACGACGUUCAAGGAGGUGAUUCUCACGUAGCUAAAGAUGGCAUCAACGCGGACGUUUUCUACUCAGGCGCAGAAGCCGAGACCCAGGCACCUACUGAAGAACAGCUUGAGCAGCUAUUCCAUACUCCUCGAGCAGCUGCUCUGCUGGGCAAGAAGAACAAAUACAUGCCAGGCGGAGCGAAGCGCCAAUUACAUACCAGCGCUAGGUAUGGGCAACAACGUGCGCAGGCUGAGAAGCAAGACUUUGAACAGCUAGGUCAAGAUAUGGCCAAGGAUGUACAGGCUGCUGACGGCAAUGCCGAUCCACCCAAGACCUAUCAAAUGCGCGAGUCUCGUGUCCCCUCCUCUCGCAUGUCUCGGAUUUUCGAGUUUAGCGGCCUAGCAGCGUCGAUGGCGUUUGGUGCUGCAUCGUCUGGCAACUUUCUCAGUCCAGCCAAUAUGGAGAGAUUGGUGGCCAAGCUGUCCAAGAUGCGAGGCGCAGCUCUGAAACUCGGUCAAAUGGUCAGCUUUCAGGACAUCAAAAUGCUUCCACCCGCUAUCGUCGAGGUACUGCAGAGAGUACAGGAUAACGCAGACUACAUGCCAGCAUCUCAACGAGACGAAGUAAUUGCCAAUGACCUUGGCAGCAAUUGGCGAGACCUCUUCGAAUCUUUCGAGGAACGACCUAUGGCCGCUGCCUCGAUCGGUCAGGUCCAUGGUGCUGUGCUCAAGUCAGGGCAACCUGUGGCUGUCAAGAUUCAAUAUCCUGGCGUUGCUGAGUCUAUAUCGUCCGACUUGAACAACCUGUCUUUGUUGCUUCAUGCCACAAGGUUACUGCCUAAAGGUUUGUAUCUAGACAAGACAAUUGCCAAUGCUCGCACGGAGCUGGCCUGGGAAUGUGAUUACGUUCGAGAAGCAGAAGCUGCCAAGCACUUCCAUAAGCUCCUAUCCGACGACACCGGAGUCUUCACUGUGCCCAAGAUUAUCGACGAAGCUUCUGGUAAGCAGGUCUUGACCAUGGAGCGAUUGAAUGGUAUCGCAGUCACAAGAGUCAAGUCGUUCAGCCAAGAGCAACGGGACUGGAUUGGGUCGCAGAUAUUGCGUUUGUGCCUGCGUGAGAUUAUGGAGUUCAGGUACAUGCAGACUGACCCAAACUGGACGAACUUUUUAUACAACAGAAAUACAAAUAAGCUGGAGCUACUCGACUUUGGUGCUUCAAGAGAAUACCCAGAAAAGUUUGUUAGGCUGUACGCAGGAGUUCUCAUGGCGGCAAGUCGACAGGACAGGAAGAAAUGCGAGGAACUCUCGAUCCAGCUAGGAUACUUGACUGGGUACGACUCCAAAGCCAUGGUCAAUGCACAUAUCGAUUCAGUGAUGACUCUAGGAGAACCAUUUAUGGACUAUUCAGACGACGUCUACGACUUCAAGGACCAGACCAUUACGGAUCGAGUGCGAAGCUUUAUUCCAACCAUGCUGCGAGAACGACUGGCACCACCACCAGAAGAAACAUACAGCUUGCACAGAAAGAUGAGCGGUGCUUUCUUGCUCUGUGCUCGAUUAGGUAGUCGAGUCAGAUGCAAGGAGCUCUUCCAUAGUGCUCUGAAAAGUGGAGGCUAUGAAUAG